AUGGCAAGAAGAAUAAUAAACCCAGUUUCAGAGAAAAGAAAAGAACUCACCAUAAACUGCAAGGAAAUGACAAAAGACGAAUUAUUUGACAUGGAAGAAUGUGCAAAUUUCCUGGAGGUAAAUAAUAAACUCACAAAACACUCACCAGAAACACUCCCAGGAGGCCCAAUGAACGUGCUCCUAAAAAAGGCAGAAAACAAGAUUGUUUUAGACAUGGGUGUAGAUGUACGUAAAUUCUACAUCAAACAGCUCCUUAAGAAAUACCUCCACAAGAAAGGACUAAAUGACUGGAUCCACAUUAAAAUAGACUCAGUGACAGGUGAGUACAGCCUAAAUUACUAUAACUUAAACGACGAAUAA